AUGUAUUCGGAAGAGAAUCCCCACCCCAUAAAUCCAAGCCCAUUUCUUUGGGCCGUUAAAAUGGAAAUAAGCAACGUACGUAGAGUUGGCGGUAGGUCGACAGUCGCCAGCGUCUGGUAUAUCCAGAGCGGAAGUAAGUUUAAUAUUGAGCAACAAAAUAAAGGUGAAACAUACGUUUGGGCGAAAGGAUACUCCCGCUUUAAAGGGAAUGGAAUCGUUGACACGCUGGCAAAAGAAGCUGCUGUAUCUGGUGUAAACAUACCUAACCUUACCCACAAAGACAUUAUUUCAAGCAGGAAGUCGAUGUUAACACAAGUACAGUUGCCAGCACCUACCAAGAUUUGGUCAUAUGGUGCGCCGGAACAAGCUCCUCCCACAGAACGGCGGCAAUACUACAUGGUACCUCGUUCGCCUUUAUUCCAGUAA